AAUUUAUGUGACAGAAUAAAGUCGACGAAAAACAAUGGCAGACAGAGUAACGCAACUUCAAGACGCUGUUAAUCAGCUAGCAGAGCACAUGUGUAACAGCAUUGGUGUACUGCAGCAGAGUGCUCAGCCGUCAAAGUUUCCUGGGUGUGAGAAGCAAGCCUCCCAAGAACAGCAGCCCAACCAUGAAGAUUACACCCAGCUCUUUGCUCAGCUGAUAGCAAGAACAGCCAAGGAUAUAGAUGUACUGAUAGACUCACUUCCCAGUGAAGAAUCUACUGUUGAACUGCAGAAUGCCAGUCUUCAGAGGCUCGAAGAGGACAAUGAGAUAGCAGCCAAACGUCUUGGCGAGGUCGUCGAGAGGGGAGAGCUCCUGCUUCACCGCAUCCAAGAAGCCCUUGCUGAGAUCGCCGACGCCCAACUCAAGACCAAGAGUUCCUCCUCACUGGCAGCAUCGUUAUCGUCUUCAUCAGGUGCUGCAGCAUCAGCAUCAUCGUCAACUCCAUCAUCGGCGUCCAGCUCAUCUUUGAAUGUGAGCGCAGCUUCGUCAAUGAAUGGCACAAAUUCUUGAGAUUUCUUUUCAUCAGGUAUCCAAGAUUUGGUAUUUUUCCUGACUAUUGAACUGAUAUCUUGGAGGUAAGGUGUACAUAGUCUGUAAUCAAGGCAGGGCCUUCUGCUUCUGAUUAUUACUACAAUCACACUCCAAUACUGGAUGAAGUUGUUGCAGGUGCAAUUAAGGCUAGCAGAAAGUUGAUGAUGGACCUUUCCUAGGAGUCUAGAUCUUUGAAUCUACGAUUUUACUUUGACCUUGAAAUGAGUUGACAGAUGUAGAUUUGUCAAGGGCUCCUGAGUCAUUAAUAUAAAGGAUAUGCACAGUCUCCAGUAGCUUUCAUUGCCACUGAUUUUACAGAAGAGCUGGGGUGGAGAAUGCAGAGAAGACUGUGCUCCCAUUUUAUGAACAUUUCAACUCGCCAUGUGAAUGAUCACCUGUACAACUGAGAGAGGAAAUCUAUUUGGUGCAAUGGCUACAGGGGUUGUACACCAUUUCCAUUUCAAAAGAGCCAGUGAUGGUCAUCGUGAAUGCUGUAUUAAAUGUGACAGACUGUAUUACUGGUGAAGAUUUGACAUGGAUGACCACUCUGAAUGACUUUGUUUCUUCUAAUCUACAAUAAAGGGGUACAGUAUAUUUUCUAGCCAUUUGUGACAAACCACAAUAUUAGAGUGAGAAAGGGAGAAAAAAGGGGUCUAUUUUAGUAUACCCAGUGUACUUGAUUACCAUCACCUCCCCCUUUUCUGGGUUGUGUAUUUCAUAAGAUGGAGAUGAAGACAUAUAGAACAAUAGUCCUACACAAGCACUACAAACAAUCCUUUACAUUACGUUGUGUCAAACAAAUUAGACUUGGGCCAACCAAACUUGUAAACCAGUCCAAUUAGUGUCUGUUUGGUGCCAGAGGGGCAUUACAUUUGUGUAGAAUGAAACAAUUUAAUACUCUUCUGGCUCCAAACAGACAUUAUUUGUUUUUAUCUAAAGAGGUUUUUUUUAAAUCAAGUAGGAAGGAUAAAACCAUAUAUACUUGUACACAGUAAAUGUAAAAAUUCUGUUACAGGCUAGGUUGAAAAAUUAUAAUAAGCUUAUGAAGCAUGUGAAUGAAUAUUAGGAUUCUCACAAAAAUGUGGAAAAAAGUUUAAAAUUAUGUUUUUCUUGAAUAAAUUUCUUUUUAUAUAUCAUUGUUUGUACAUUUGUAUACAUGUAUAAAGCAGAGAAAAUAAAAUGCUUGAGAGGGUUUCAAAGCAGAACUCAAA